GUUUACACACACGUCUGGAACUUAGGCCUACUUUUCAAUCAUUUUGUUCUGUUUAAUAGCCAUUAUCAGUUUUCGGCAACGACAAAACUAAUUUUCAGGGUUAGAUAAAAUGAUUACACAUCUUCUUUACAGAGUGAUUCUAGUUUAUGGAUACAUAACACUUGUUUUCACGGCAUGCGACACUGGAUGGUUUGGCUCCAGCUGCCAAUACAAAUGUCACUGUGUCAACAACAGAUGUGAUGACCAAGGUCUGUGUUUAGCUGGGUCAAGUUGUGAGCGGGGCUGGUUUGGUCCACACUGUCAGUACCAGGAUCUGUCUACUUUAAAUGCCACCAUUACACCACCAAACAAUUUGAUAGCAGACGGUGAAGAAAGAACGUGUACAGAUCUAAAAAAUGUAACAUUAUCAUGGACGAUUUCAUAUUUAAUUAAUUGGAUAAGAAUUGUUUUUCGUGAUUCAGCUACAGCGGACAUUCUCUGUAACGUAACGUCAUUUGCACAUAAGAUAUUUUUUGAAUUUCACACACCAAUAUCAAUCUGCUCGAUUUACAUUAGCGGAGGUAGAAACGUUGCCCUAAAUAUGGCAACAUGGCAGUCCAGUACCUACGCAGAUGCAAACUAUGGACCAAUAUAUGUUUCUUCAAAAGCCGUAGAUGGGAAUUCAAGUGGAGACUUUUAUAAAACAUUUACUUGUACACAUACUGAUAAUACUCCGACACCGAGUGUUUGGGGCAUAACAUUUCCACAGCCUAUGUUAGUUACCCGAUAUGUAGUUUAUAACAGAGCGGACGGUAAUGAGCAACGAUUAAAAGGAUUUAACUUGGUGAGCUACAAUGUAAACAACAUGGUGGUGUUUAACUACACGGAUAUACAACAGAGUGACAGAGUUUUGGUUUAUCAUAUAACAACAGCUGGGAACGUAGGUGUAUCGUACGUCAAUAUCACAGCCAAACAAGAUGAAAACAUUUUGACACUAUGUGAGGUAGAAGUUUAUGGAGACAAUGUGUGCCAACACAACACAUACGGCCUAGGUUGCAGAAACACAUGUAAAUGUGACCAUUGGAAACAGAAAUCUUGUUUUGUAGCUACUGGUCAAUGUUUUGGUGGAUGUGACGCUGGUUACUUCGGUAAAGAUUGUAGCAAUGAAUGUUUGGCUGGUUUUUAUGGAGAGAACUGUUCUAUGAACUGCAGUACAAGCUGUAGAAACCAGACGUGCGAUAGGUUCAAUGGUACCUGCACCAGCUGCAUUGACGGGAAAGUUGGUCCUUUAUGUGAAACAGAUUGUAACGAUAAAUUUUACGGAGAAAACUGCCGACACCAAUGCAGUAUAAACUGUACAGACCAGCUUUGUGAAAAAGAAAAUGGGAACUGUUUUAGAUGCAUAUCAGGUCAAAUAGGCGAAUAUUGCCAAAUAGCAUGUGACACCAAUCACUACGGACCAAACUGUGUAAACAACUGCUCAUCCAACUGUAACAAUUCAGCGUGUGAGGCAACUACUGGUCGGUGCUUUACGUGUGUAACAGGCUAUCGAGGGAACCAUUGUGAAAUAGCAUGUCCGACCGGAUACUAUGGAGACAACUGUCAGUGCACAGAAAGUGGACAACAUAAGGAUAGCACUGCACAAGACAGAUUGGCAGAAGGUGUCGGCAUUGGGAUUGGAAUCAUGUGUGUCGUGAAUGUCAUAAUUGUGCUCAUGGUCUGCAUUUUUGUUAAAACAAAGCGUUCAGUGACAAGUAAAACAAACAGUGGAAACAAAACAAACAAAGAGAGUGAAACACAGGACAAUAACAUUAGUAUUCAUCCCGAUUACACUGAUCUGAGUUCUGCAUCAGCAGUGGCUGAUACAAACCAUUAUGAUUACAUCAACGGAAACAUGGGGCCUUACGACACUUUGAACAACGAUUUUAAGGAGACAUCUCAGUAUGAGGCCGUUUCUAUGGCAACUUUAAAAAACAGAAAAUAGAUAAAUUAGAUUUUUGAAUGGAAAUAUCUGAUCGUCUGCUGGGUGAAUAAUCCAUAGCUCUCUGAUAGAUACCUACACUGAGGCAGAAAUCCAUAUUUGGCUAUCAAUCAGUCACAAAUUGAACUAAUUAUUUUUCACAAAAGACGAAUAUGCUUUUUUUUUUUAAUUUUUUUUUUUAAACUUACUUUGUUGAAAACGUUACUGUAUGAAUGAUAGAGUAUUACGUGCACACGUGUUUCUAUGUUUACUUUUUAAUUUGUAUAUCAAUAAACCUUUUAAAUUUUGGAAA